UCACACGUGGACUUCUAUAAAGUUAAAGCAACACUUUGUUGAAUUCAAAUCUUGAAACGUUAAAGGACUUUCACUUGUGGCAAAAGGAACUAAAUACGAUUAUGGAAGGAAAAAAUCAGCUUGAACGGUUGGAUGAAACUGAUAACGUUACAGAUGAUCUUAUGUCUGAGGAAGAGCUUGAAGAUGAAGAGAUAGAAAAACCAAAAUCUCGAAAAAAACCUGGAAUUGUUUACUUGUCAUCCAUUCCUACUGGAAUGAAUCCUCAGCUUGUGCGGGAAUUUCUUGGGGUUCAUGGCGAAAUUGGAAAAUCAUUCCUGCAGCCCAUAGAAACAGGUGUAAAGAAGAAGCGCAGUAACAAGUUUUCUGAAGGCUGGGUAGAGUUUGCAAGCAAAAGGGUUGCAAAGGCUGUGGCUGAACAUCUCAAUAAUACAAAAGUAGGGGGAAAGCGACGCACUCGAUAUCAUGAGUGUCUGUGGAACAUAAAAUAUCUGCCUAGAUUCAAAUGGGCUCAUCUGAAUGAACGUUUAGCUUAUGAAAAGGCUGUUCGUCAACAGAGAAUGAGAACUGAAAUUGCACAAGUCAAGAGAGAGACCAACUUCUUCAUUGAAUCAGUUGAUAAAAGCAAGAGACUGAAGAAAAAGAUGGAUAAACUUGAGGGCUGGAGCGUAACCCAACGAUCGACUGAAGAAGAGAUUGCCCAAUUCAAGACAAGCAACCAGAAUCAGGACAGAACAGAAUUCUUGAGGAAUCUCUUCAAUCCUUCAAAAUCAAGUGCACCAUGAAUAACUAGUGUAUCUUUUUACUAACAUAACAAUAAAAAUGAGCAUUCUUUCAG